AGCUGUCUUCCUCUUCCACAACAAAUUUGUUGCUCAGAGACAGAGAUGCCGGCCAAAACACCCAUCUAUCUAAAAUCCAACAACAGUAAAAAAGGAAAGAAGUGUCGCCUGAGAGACAUUCUGUCCCCAGACAUGAUCAGCCCUCCACUAGGGGACUUUCGCCACACUGUCCACAUAGGGAAAGAAUGCGAUACCUUCGGUGAUAUGUCCUUCCUUCAAGGCAAGUUUGAGCUUCUUCCAGGCAAGGGUGGCAUGAUACGGCCUCAGCACGGCACCCAUGGAGAGUUCAUGCGAGCUAACAGUGCAUCUGAUGCGUCUUAUAUUGAAGCUCCAUCUCCGAUUCUAAAGAAUGCUAUCUCCCUUCCAAGCAUAGGAGGCAGCCAAGCACUGACCCUGCCUCUUAUCUCUACCACUGUGUACCCAGUGACCCGGGAUCCUUUUGAUGACCUGUCUGGGCUGUCCACUCCAUCCGUCAGCUCAGAAGGAAGAGAUGACCUAGAUAUCCUGCAAAUGGAAAACCUUCUUAAGUCUAUCACGAUGUUCCGACGUGAUCCCAGUCCUAUCCUGGAGGAAGGUGAGAAGUCGUUAUUUCUUGUGGAUCAAGUGGAAAAGUCACCAGCAAAGAAAAACUUUAAAUACAGCAGCAUGAACAACACAGAGAACGAGUCUGACAAACCUUUAAAGUCACUUUAUGUCAACGGCAAGCACAAUGAAAAUGACAACAGCAAUGUGACUGCCAAUUGCAAAAACAACAUCAGCUGUAAUAAUGACUACAACAGCAUAAACGAUGACUUCUUCCAGUGUGAAAAAGAGUUUGGUGGAAACGGUGACCUGGCAGAUAGAGACAGUGGCGUAGAGGAGGGACGCAUUUCUGACUUUGACUUUGAGCUCUCAAAAAGCAAGAGUGUCUCUCAUCAGUCUUUGAGUCAGAUCUCUGGGUCACUGCUGUCACUUGAACUGGACUUGGGCCCCUCCAUCCUGGAUGAUAUACUUAAUAUUAUGGGUAAGCCUGAGCAUUGAACAGAGACCCUGGCAAAAGCAGAGAGGGAAAAACAGACUAGCCGGUCAGAUUAACAUAUAAAGCCUAGUUCACAGUACACUAUUUUUGCCCUGAUUUUCGCUCGCCGGCUGGUCGGCCCUAGAUUUGCCGGCUCGGGAGCAACUCGGUGUUCGCUCGGCGAUGGAAACUCGGCUCUCAAUUGCUAUGUGUGAACUACUCAACAACUUGAUCCAAGCGGCUCGCCGAGCACUCUGCUCUGACCGAAGCGAGAUUUCUAGCAUGUCAGAUAUCUGGAUCUGAGUUGCCCGACUAGCAAUGAGUGCUAUGUCGAACAGCCAAUGAGAACGCAAGAUACGGUGUGAGGGGAAACGCAGGGGAGUAGUUGUAAAAAGGUGGGACAGGGGCAUAAUAUAGUUUGUAUCAGAAUACAUCGGCACACACACAAGUUUUACAGUAUUUCUGACCUUAUAGUUCUCUACAAAACACCGUUGCAGUGCAAAAAAUAUGUAUUAACCUGUAAUUAACAAUCCAUGCUAUUCACGUAGCCAAAUCCACUCAGAUUCAUAUUCUUUAUUUUUUCUCCUUGAUUUUACGCUGCACAUCAGAACAUGAACUUUGAUCACUCGCUUAUUGUUGACGUGCAUUUUUGGACAUGGUAUCAUUAAACCUUUUGUCACUUCUCGCGUUUGUUGUCGUGACAAAACAUAGUUCAGAAGACCAGAUAGACUCGCCUGCGAUUCCAGUUGGUGAUAGAUCAUGUAGUGUGAAAUCAGUCGUAAAGUGUGAAAGCCACACCGACUUGAAAGACUCCUGAUUACAAGAGAUCCAGUUGUGUGAACUGUACAGUGACCUGACGACUUGGAAAGUCGUGUAGUGUGAACUUGGCAUAAGGUGUGGUAUAUGGGUAUUCUGUAUUUAAAUGAACAUUACGUUUUUAUAUGCUUUUGUCAUCUGCUUCAGCUUUCUUUUCCAUUGUCUGUUUCUCAUAAGAGAUGAAUGUGUUAUUAAAUGUAAAUUAAAGUACACACAGACAGCCUAUUGGCUGCAUUUUAUGUUGCAAUUGGGCUGAAAAUAGUAAAAAAUAAUGUGUGUGUUUAACAGUUUAAUCACAAGUAAAUACAAGAGGUGCAUUUAGUGCAUAAUGUUGUUUACUAAUGCACAAUAUUUUAUGAAUAUCAGUGUAGUUAAAUUUCUCUACGAUAUCACAAAAACUGUACAGAUAUUAUAUUUAUAAUUUUGCUUUAACUGCGCUACAAAAGCAUCAAAGCAUGUGCGUGUGUUGUGUGUGUGUGAUUAUUGUAAAAUGCUACAGUAAUAAAU